CGACUUGUUCCGGGGAGAAGAAGAAGAAAGAUGGCUACAGCUAAACUUAGCUAGCUGGUGGGCCACGGAAAAUGUUGCGCUCUCGGUCUGUUUCGUGUUUUUUCUCUUCGACCGAGAGUCAGAAAGGCCUCAAAAUCCCUCUGCCGACAGUUUAUUGAUCCAGGCAGAAUAUAAGCACCGGUGUGUGUCGUUAUACUGGUUUAAAGAGUAGUUUUUCGGGGGGGCUGUAUGUGUGUUUGUGAAGCGGGAGCGGGGUCGUGUCUCCUCCGGUCAGCUGUCCGUCAGUUUCAACGUCAGUGAGGAUUGUGGGAAUCCAGACCGUCAUGGCGGCUCCUGUAAACAUCCAGACUCCCAGUAAGACCUGGGAGCUGAGUCUGUACGAGCUGCACAGGAGCCCUCAGGAGGCCAUCAUGGACGGGACGGAGGUGGCGGUGUCUCCUCGCUCUCUGCACAGCGAGCUGAUGUGUCCGAUCUGUCUGGACAUGCUGAAAAACACCAUGACGACCAAAGAGUGUCUCCACCGCUUCUGCUCCGACUGCAUCGUCACCGCGCUGCGAUCAGGGAACAAAGAGUGUCCGACCUGCAGGAAGAAACUGGUCUCCAGACGUUCGCUGCGUCGCGACUCCAACUUCGACGCUCUGAUCUCCAAGAUCUACCCGAGUCGUGACGAGUACGAGGCUCACCAGCGCAGCGUCCUGGAGCGCCUCAACAGGCUGCACAACAAGGAGGCACUGAGCUCCAGCAUCGAGGAGGGGCUCCGCCAGCAGGCCCGCUACAGGUCCGAGAGGAACCACCGGGUGAAGAAACCCACUCAGGAGAGCGACAACACCACCUUCAGCGGCGGGGAGGAUAACGGCGACGCCCGCUCACACCUGUCCCACGACUCCGCCCCCUCCCACGCCCCCCACCCCCAAGGUCAGACCCCCUCGGAGGCGGGGCCGAGCCGCAAGAGGCCGAGAGCGUCCGACGACGGCUCGGGCCCCGAGGCGGACAGCGGGAGCCCGACUCCUCCACUGAGACGCCACAAAGAGGGGCCGGCCUCGGAGAUAGAGCUGGUGUUCAGGCCACACCCCCAGCUGGUCCACGCCCAGGACUACAACCAGACCAGAUACGUGAAGACGACGGCCAACGCCACAGUGGACCAUCUGUCUAAAUACCUCGCUCUGCGCAUCGCUCUGGAGGACCGACGGACCAACAGAGAACCAGAGGACCAACGGAGAGAGGAAGGAGGAGGAGGAGGAGAGGAGAGAGGAGCAGAAGAAGGAGGAGGAGGAGGAGGAGGAGGAGGGGAACCUGGAGGGACGACAGGAAGUGGAGGAGAGGGGACGAGUCUGAGCGACAUCAGUGAGAAACAGUACACCAUCUACAUCCUGACGAGAGGAGGACAGUUCUCUACGCUGAACGGCUCUCUGACUCUAGAGUUGGUCAACGAGAAGUACUGGAAGGUCAGGAAGCCUCUGGAGCUCUACUACGCUCCCACCAAAGACCCCCAGCAGCAGCAGCAGCAGCCGCCGCAACAACAACAACAACAACAACAACAGAAGUCUCCUCCUACACAGAGGGAGGGAUGAGGAAGAGGAGCCAGCCUUCCUCACAUUCUCGGUGUUUGCAUCCUUUUUUUUUUUUUUUUCCUGCUUAUUUGAUUUCACUGUGAGCUGCAAACUUAACCGGUUUCACGUGAAAUCUGACCUGAUUUUCGAAGGAUUCAUCAAGAAAAUAAAAAACUGACCUAAAGCUGUGAGGAGACAGAAAGGAACUGCUGGUAAAUCUUUGCUUUUUGCUGCUUUUGGCAGAUAAAUCUGCUGCUUUGUGACGUUACGCAGCUUCAAAUCAUCAGGAGACUUUUGGGAUUAACCGACACCGAGGUCGACGGACAGUAAGAAAAAAACAAAGUUGAAUCCCUGUUUUUCUUUUUCCUGAUAUGAAGCAUCUGCUCGUUAUCUUCCGUUUUCCAUCAGUUUGAAUAUCUUAUUAUAUUAUAUAUGAAUAUUUAACGCCGUGUAACCUGCUACUGCAGCUGCAAACAUCAUCAAUCACAACUGAAGCUGAUUUGAAACGGUUAUUUUUUUUUUUUUUCAAUAAUUAACUCAUUUUUAUUUAUUUCUUUUAACACAAACAACCAAACAAGAACUUUUUAGAAAAUGAAAAUAAAUAUCAGUUUAAAUAAGGCAAAAAUCUAUGCAAGUCCAGUUAUGUCCUUAAUAUGAAACACGACGUUAAGGAUCAAUUCUACAAACGUAUGAGGUUUAUAAGCUUUAAGUCACAAACUUUCAAAUAGUUUCUGAAUUAUGAGAAUUAAUACGUCUGUAAUCAGAUAAAAGAGUCGUAACGUUUUCAGAUCUGCAGCUUUAUUCCAUCACGUUCACGUUGUUUUGCUGCUAAAAUUAAAAAUAAUUUCACUUCAGAUUCCAGAUGGUCUUUUUUUUUUUUUCAGUUCUUACUUAUUAAAAUAAACACUUUUAUUUAUUUUAACACGAAUAACCCAAACAAGAAGUUUAACAAAAUUAAAUUUAAAAAUAAUUAUUUCAGUAAGGAUGUAUGUAUGGAGGCUAUUUUGUGCCAGUAAUAUAUAAAAAAAAAACUUACUUCAAAUCAAACUUGAUUUUUUAAUUCACAAUUAUGAGUUUUAAGCGUUAAAUCACAAUUUCCAAAUUAUGUUUAAAUUAUGAUUUUAUAAGUUAAAAAUUGGAUGAAGACAAAGUCAUAAUCUUUAAAAUGGCAAGUAAAAAUAAACACUUAUUUCUUUUAACACAAACAGUCAAACAAGUUUAACGAGAUUAAAUUUAAAAAUAAUUAUUUAAAUAAGGAUAUCAGUAUGGAGGCCAUUUUAUGCCAGUAACAUAUAUUUAAAAAAACUUACUUGCGUUAUGUUAAUAACAAUAAAAAUACAUCAACUUGAUUUUCUAAUUCACAAUUACGGGUUUUAAGCGUUAAAUCACAUGAUUCACAAUUUCUAAAUUAUGUUUAAAUUAUGAUUUUAUAAGUUAAAAAUUGGAUGAAGACAAAGUCAUAAUUUUUAAAAUGGCAAGUAAAAAUAACUGGAAAGUAAAGUUUACUGACUUUUUUAUUUCUUUUAACACAAACAGUCAAACAAGAACUUUUCAAAAAUAACAUUUCAACAUCUCUUGUAAAUAAGAGAAUAUGUACGGAAGCUCCUGACUGCCAGUAAUAGAAAAAAAACUAUUUAAAAUGUUAGGAAGGGUAAAAAUAUUUAAAUGAAAAUUAUAAAUAUUACACAAAACCUUUAGAGGAAGUAAAAGUCGUUAUUAUGAGUUCAGUGAAACUUAACUUUCUAAGUAACAAUUUAUAAAAAGCGCCUAAAUUAUGAGAUUUUGUAAAUUAAAUCUGGAUGAAAUACACAAGUCAUAAUGUUGACAUAGUAUGUAAAAAUGAUAAGAGAAGUAUAAGAUUGUAAAGUGAAAUGUUUACUUACAAUCAUAAUUUUAGUAAUCAGUCAUAUUUGUGACUCAUGAGUGAACUUUGUUAAUCUUUACAUCAUUUUUUUUUCAUUUCCUGGCAGAAAUAAGUUUGUCUCACAAAAGGUAACAAAUUAUUUCACACAUGAAACUUUACAGAAGUUUGUUAUUGAAUCUCAUUUUCAACACGAUUACAGAGAAAAACACAUCUGCUUGUAAAAACUAGAAUAAUGAAAAAAAAUGUGGUCUUAAAUUUAUUUCAUCAAUGAAUCUAUUUAUGAAUCUUUGUAUAAUUUAAUUCCUCUUGUGUGAUUGAAGCUCUUUGCUGCUUUCUUGUUUGUUUGUUUUUUGCAGACAGGAUCGAUGUGGAACAGCUUGGCGCUAAAAAAAUAAAUAAUUUACGCUAAAAAACAUUUCCGCUGUAAAACAACUGAUGUAGCUUUUAUCCUGCCGUAAACAGUCACAACUUUCUGGUAUCGAUUCAACAUGUUUUAACAACACGGACAGUUAAAAAACGCACAAUCCUGACAGAUUACAGUUAACAUUUCCUUUAGCGUGUAGCUAGCUAAGAGCUACAAAGACGUGUGUGUGUAUUUCCCGCCAUAUUUUACUAGUUUCAAUCUUUAAAAAUGUAGCUGUUACACCCGUCUCACCUCCUGUAUUCUUCCUUUAAACAUACGAGAGGUUUAGUUUGUGUGUCCUGUUGAUUUCUUUAAGUUUUAGAGUGAAUUUGUGUAGAAAUAAAUCUUUUAACUCUGUUCACAGAGUGUUUAAAGACUCUUAAAGCCAUAAACCUUCAGGGUUUAAUCUGAAUUUUUUUCCACUUCUGUGUUCGCACUUUAAAUAUAUUUCCUGCAGCCAUGUUUUUUCCUACCUUACCUCAGUUUUAAUGAUUUUAAUAUUUGUAUAUUGAGUAAUGCAAGAUUUCCUUUUCUGCUUUGUUGGGUGAUUAUAAACAUUCUGUCAGCAAUGCAGCACAAUAAACUCAAUCACCAGA